ACCAAAGGUCAAUUUCUGAUAGAUCACAUCUGCAACUAUUACAGCUUGCUGGAAAAAGACUAUUUUGGCAUUCGAUAUGUUGACCCUGAGAAGCAGAGGCACUGGCUUGAGCCCAACAAGUCCAUCUUCAAGCAAAUGAAAUCUCAUCCACCAUAUACCAUGUGCUUUAGAGUGAAAUUCUACCCACAUGAACCCUUGAAGAUUAAAGAAGAGCUCACCAGAUACCUCUUAUAUCUACAAAUAAAAAGGGACAUUUUCCAUGGCCGUUUGCUGUGUUCCUUUUCUGAUGCUGCCUACUUGGGUGCCUGUAUUGUCCAAGCUGAGCUUGGUGAUUAUGAUCCUGAUGAACACCCAGAGAAUUACAUCAAUGACUUUAAGAUUUUUCCCAAGCAGUCACAAAAGCUUGAGAAGAAAAUAGCUGAAAUGCAUAAGAAUGAAUUCAGAGGUCAGAGCCCAGCUGUUGCUGAAUUUAACUUGCUUCUUAAAGCAAAUUCUCUGGAAACUUAUGGUGUUGAUCCUCACCCUUGCAAGGACUCCUUUGGGACAACUACCUUUUUAGGAUUCACAGCUGCAGGAUUUGUAGUUUUCCAGGGGAAUAAAAGAAUUCAUUUAUUAAAAUGGUGUGAUGUCUAUAAACUGAAAUUUGAAGGGAAGACAUUUUAUGUGUUUGGAGCUCAGAAAGAGAAGAAGGCUGUGCUGUCAUUCCAUACCUCUACACCAGCAGCCUGCAAGCAUCUUUGGAAGUGUGGGGUGGAGAACCAGGCUUUUUACAAGUAUGCAAAGUCCAGUCAGAUCAAGACAAUGUCCAGCAGCAAGAUAUUUUUUAAAGGCAGUAGAUUUCGAUAUAGUGGAAAAGUAGCCAAAGAGGUUGUGGAGGCAAGCUCUAAAAUCCAGAGGGAACCUCCUGAAGUUCACAGAACCAGCAUUACUCAGAGUCGCAGCUCUCCCUCCUUGAACAAGCAACUCAUAAUCAACAUGGAACCUCUGCAGCCUCUCCUUCCUUCUCCCUGUGAGGAGGAAGAGGUUCCUUUAGAUGAAGGUAUCCAACUGCCAAAGGAAGAGGAGAUUUCAGUACCUGUGACUUCAAGCUCUCCAGUAAAGGAUACUGGGAAGGAUGUUGAUCUUGCCAUUGAACAGGAAGAGAAGAUGAAAGAGGAACCCUUAACCAUCUCAGAGCUUGUGUACAAUCCAAGUGCCAGCUUGCUGCCCACCCCUGUUGAUGAUGAGAUUGACAUGCUUUUUGAUACCUGUCCAAGAGCAGAGAAUGAGAAAGAUGAUACCGAUUCAUUUGAGGAACUUGAAGCAGAUGAAAACGCAUUUUUAAUUGCAGAGGAGGAAGAACUGAAAGAAGCUCGGAGAGCCCUGAGGUGGAGCUAUGACUUUCUAAUGGGCAACAUAGAGGUGAAUGCUUUCGUGAAGAGUUUCUCCAGACUUUUUCUUGUAGGUCUUGGACUAUUGUUGUUUGUGUUCCCCCUUUUCCUUGUUCUCUUGGAGUCGGACCUUCAAAUCUCUUUCCUUCACGAAAUCCGCCAGACGCCGGAGUUUCAGCAGUUUCAUAUCGAAUAUUACUGCCCCCUUAGGCAGUGGAUGGCUUGCAAAAUAAACUUCAUCCGUGAUAUGCUGGGCAGCUUUUAAAUUUUACAUUGAUGUGAUACAACUAAGGGCUAUAUUCAAAAUUUCAGUUAGUGACAGUUUUCCAUAAUGCCCCUGGGCCCAUCUGUUGGCAGCUGCCGUCAUAUCCUUAUGUACAGCUUUUGUUACAGACUCUGCAGGUUCUUCAGUUCCCUUCACAUACUUAAAUUGCCAUUUUAGUUACCAGCUUAUACAGUCACCUCUCAAUAACCAAAAAGCAGCUUUAUUUUAAUUACAUUUCAGACUUCCAGCUCAUUCAUUGCAUUAUAUAAGACAGGGUCACAAUAAGUUUUGUUGUCCUUGACCUUUCAAUCCAUGACACUAUAAGUGAUGAUAUUGAAAGAAAACAUUUUUGAAUAUACUCCUUAGUGCAACAAUCUCUUCUAACCAAUGCCUAUACAAGCAAUGUUUAUGCUGGGUUUUUGGUUUUUGUUUGUUUAUGUUUGUUUGGUUUUUUAAAAUUUUUAUGUGUUUAAGAUAUUUUGGUAAAUUUUUAGUAAAAGACGACUUAUGAAGUUAUUUAAAUGUACAUUAGUAAGAAUAAAGCAGAGGGGCAUGUAGGGUGUUUUUAGUGUUUUACCAGUUAUUUGUUUUUAAACUGGGGGCUGGAGAAUGAAUGAAUUUAAUGUAGCUCUAUACAGAGGGACUGUGCUUGGGAAACACACAGAAAGUUCACUCAAGUUCAGUAGGGGCUGCCUGGGGGAGGUGAAAUGACAGCAAGUAUGCAAAAGAAUUUCUGAAAGGCACAGUUCUAAAGUUUGGGGAAGUGAGCAGAACUGAAAUGAUCCUUCCUCUUACCUGUAAGGUUGUCUUCCACUUUUCAGUUCUGUAGAAAGUCUUUACAAGAUAGUCCAAGUAUGUUUAGAGAACGAUUGAGUCUUCAGUCUAAAUGUAGAUUAUUGUACAUAACAGGAGACAAUAAUAGUAAGUAGCAGAAAAAAAGAAAAAAAAAAGAAAAAAAAAGG